AUGUCUGGAUCGGCAUCUGGUGUUAAAGUCGAUAAUUCCGUCAUCGAAAAAUUCCAUGAAUUUAAAAUAAAAAAAAACACUGGCUAUCUUGUACUUGGUUUCAGUGAUGAUAUAUCAAAAAUUGUCGUAUUAAACGAAGGUGUCAACAAAGUGCCACAAAACGCACCUGCAGCCGAAAAAAAUCAAAAAUGGGCUGAAAUGCUUGACGCCCUACCAGAAAAUGAUGUACGAUAUGCAGUCAUUGAUAUCUUCUAUGAAACCAGUGAGGGCUCACGUUCAGAAAUCUAUUUCAUUGCUUGGGCACCGGAUACAGCAACAAUUAAACGAAAAAUGUUAUGCGCGUCCAGCAAAGACGCUUUGAAAAAUGCUCUCCAAGGUAUUCGUAAUCAUAUUCAAGCAACGUGUAAGGCUGAUCUUGAUUUGGCUGCAAUAAUCAGUGAAAAAGUCAAAUCAAAAUAG